AUGUCGGGCACUUCCAAGGACAAAUCCAGCCCGCCCUUCCAGUAUAACUACAAACGCUCACUCGCCCUUCUUCGACUCAGUAAACAAAUCCAUGCCGAGGCGAAACCCGUCUUUCGUGAACUCAACAUUUUCGUCCGUGUGGAAGCAGUGUGGCCCGAGCAGGAUAUGGUCGAGCGUCAAGUUCCCAUCGUCAUCGAGGGCCAGCAGGUAGAGCACUUCACGGAGCAUAGCCUGAGCGUGUACAUCAACUUCGGAACGUCGGGAGAGCCGUGGGACCUGGAGUCGUUUCUAGAGCGGUGGAGAUCCGAACCGUACUCCCUCGUGCUUCUUGCCGACGACCUCGACAAGUUCACUCGCAGCUGUUUGUACGCGCGUCUUGAACGACCAGAAGUCAAUGAAUCACCCAGCCUCAAACUGCGCCUUCGAAGCCGUUGUGCUACGGCUCAGGACACGGCUCAGGACAAGGCAAUAACGACCAGGGAGCUGCAGCGGAAGCUGCUCAUGCCCUUUGGCAUAGUCAAACGACUUGAGAACCUCGUUAUCGAGGGUGAGCCGGCGGCGCUACCAUCGGUCGAACAGGAAUUGCGCGACGCGCAGCUCGUUUCCCUACCCACGGGAGAAGAGUGCCUGGCCAAAGCGACGACGCUUAAGGCCACAGGCAAUGAGGCAAUUGAGCAGGGCGAUUACCAUAAAGCCCUCAAGAUUUAUAGAGAGGCACUGGAAGCGAUAUACUAUAUCGUCACGGGCCGGGGGCAUUACACAUACACCGACUUGACCGCACUAUUUGACCCCUCCAUACAGUAG